ACUGCAAUGUCCUUUCCAUCUCAUAUUCCAUAUUCACAGGAUCCCCGUGUGUCCUCUGUCUGGUUCACGCUGCGGUGAGCCUGUCACAUAUACUGCUGUCCAUAUGGAAGAUGGGACAGCGAGGACCAGCUAAUCCCUUGAAACUCCAUGAACUUUGCUUUCUUUUUCUUUGCUCUCUUUAAAUGGUGGGAGUCCUGUGACCAGGAAUCAAAGUUUGGGGAUCUGGUAGGAGGCCGGCAGCAGCUCGCAGCAGAUUGCCUGCUGCUGUGCUGACUGAGGACUGCCGCACACAAAGCAUGAAAAGUGUGGAUUCCCGGGGCCAAAGGCCCGUGUGGUGGGCUCUGCACUCCCCGACCAGCCCGGGCAGAAAGGAACAGCUCAGUCAGCAGGCCAGGGCCACUGGAGCGAUGAAAAGAUAAUUCUCCCCCCCACCGCCGCUGGACCUCAUGCGGUGUCAAACCAUUUGUGAGCAGUGACACAGCCAGAUUGGGCCGAAAGGAUAUGAGUGGGAAACUUCAAAACCUGCUCAUGUUUCUGCGAACGUGAAAGGAUUUGUAUAACACAUUCAGAUUUGAUGGACUUUCCCAUGUUCACGCUGGACAGCCCUUUUUUGUUGACAUGUUCAAAUAAUGAAUCUCUUAUGUGUAGGAUCCCUUUUUCCCCCCCUGCUCCUGCGUCCUGUUUCUAGUUGUCGGGUAGGGAUGCUGUACGGACCAUUCCAUCGUCUGUUCCAAGCUUAUGGAGAACCGCUGACUCGCUGGCUUCCAGGAACCAGGGUGCUGAAAUGGAACAUAUAUUUUUGAUUCUUUUACUGUUUAGUAAGGCCUUAUCAGUUGGAGCUCAAUUCAAUGGGUACAACUGUGACGCCAACUUUCACAGCCGCUUUCCUGCGGAGAGGGAUAUCAGUGUGUACUGUGGGGUGCAGACCAUCACCCUCAAGAUCAACUUCUGCCCUGUCCUUUUUUCCGGCUACACCGACUCUGACCUGGCCCUCAAUGGUCGCCAUGGAGAUGCCCACUGCCGUGGAUUCAUCAAUAACAACACCUUUCCCACCGUCGUAAUCUUUAGUAUCAGCCUGGCGACGCUGGAGUCCUGUGGCAAUUCCCUGGUGGUCUCCACGGCUCAAGGACCCAACGCUUAUGGGAACCUGUCACUGGUGCAGAUUGGAAACGUAUCAGGAUAUAUCGACACACCAGAUCCCCCCACAAUCAUCAGCUACCUGCCAGGUCUGCUAUAUAAGUUCAGCUGCAGUUACCCGCUAGAAUACCUGGUCAACAACACACAACUAGCCUCGUCAGCAGCUGCAAUCUCAGUAAAGGACAGCAAUGGUACUUUCAUCAGCACAUUGAAUCUACUGCUUUACAAUGACUCAUCAUACAUUCAGCAGCUGUCCAUCCCCAUGGCAGGACUGACCCUGAAGACGCGGGUGUUUGCAGCUGUAAAAGCAACUAACCUGGAUAGGAGAUGGAACAUUCUAAUGGACUACUGUUACACCACGCCCUCUGGAAACCCUAACGAUGACCUCCGCUAUGAUCUUUUCUUUAGCUGUGAAAAAGACCCCCAGACCACCGUCUUUGAAAAUGGGAAGAGCCAAAUGGGCCGCUUUGCCUUUGAAGUUUUCCGCUUUGUAAAGCACAAGAACCAGAAGAUGUCCACCGUCUUCCUUCACUGUGUCACCAAGUUGUGUCGAGCAGAUGACUGUCCGAUGCUCAUGCCUAUCUGUGGCAGCAGGAAAAAGAGAGAUGUCUCAGAGGGAAAGGAAUCAAACGCCGCAUCUGGGAAUGCCGUCCUGACUGCCGGGCCUAUCAUCACUCGGAGUGAUGAAACACCAACCAACAACUCUCAGCUGGCGCAUCUGAAAGCUCCAGUGUUUCAGAUGAACACAGUGACAAGUGCACUCAUCUCAGGCGUGAUCAUUCUGGGCGUCAUGAGCACUUGCUUCUUCAUCUUCUCCCUCACCCUCCUCAAAGGCAAGAGUGCUCCUGUCAGCCUGUCUGGAGUCCGCAACCCAGCCUUCAACUGAACGCCUGAACCCAACUUACUGCAGACACUCCUCCACAACCGAUAAUGCUAAGUGAGAGGCAAACAACAGAUGUGACAUGUUUGUGCAUGUAGUGGUUUUACCGGAGAAUAAAAGCUAACUGUUGAUUUAGAAAACCGUUAACAGUUCUGUACAAUGUGCCUUAGUGUAGAAGUAAAGCAGGACUUUUUAUAUGUCGUUCGGUACUUUAUGUUUCAAACAUGUGGCAGGCCUCAACCUGCAUGUGAUCAUUUGUAAUGCAGCUUUAACCCACAUAGUGGGGGCACUCAUAAAUGAAUUCAAUACCUCAGCUAUACAGCUUUCAAAUGCAGGGUAUAGGAUCAAUUACAAGGCUUACAAUACAUUAUAAUAUUGCAUCUACUGGUAAAACUCGCAUUUCCUGCUAAGAGGCCAAAAUAUAAGAACACUUCAUUGAAAAUAUAACUUGAGAGAUUGAAGGAAACUCUUCUGUGUAAAAUUAAAAGUUAAAACCUUUUAUGAAGUGAAUAAGUGAGCUAACCGAAAGCCUCAGGCUUGGAUGUUAAGCUUAAAGUUUUCUUUACAUAAAAUAUUAACUUUUAAAAGUAUUUUGAUAUAAUAAUUGGAAUAAAUCUUUAAUUUAUUAAUAUUGCUACAUAUUAGAGGGGUAGUCUUAUGAUUAAUCAAUUGAUAGGUCUGUUCUAUCUAAAUAUGUAGUUCACGUUCUCACUUUUAUGCAAUGUGGCAGUAAUAAACUUGUUUAAGUUUCAUUUGUACAUGAGCCCAAUGUAAUUGUGUAACUUUCCCCAAAUGUGUUCUUAAAAUGAUGCCAUUGAUGAUCUACUCCUGAAAUGUGCAAAUUGUGUACAAUUGUGCAUAUUGCAAAUAUUGCACUUUGACUUGUGAUUAAAACUUGCCCGGUGUCAUAUUUCUAAAGCUACAUUAUGAAUUUCCUCAUAAACUCAUCUGGAGAAUUUCAGGCAACGACAAUAGGGGGACGACAAUGAAGUCAGAAGUUCUUCAAAUAAACAAAAAAAAUGGAGAUCUUAAAUAAAAAAAGAAGCAAUUUCCUACUUGCAUCAAUCUAGCAAAUAACAUUAUAUACAUACAUGAACAAAAAGCACAUUUGACAAAGAGUCCUUGUAGCUAAAUGAUAUGUUGAUUGUCAUUGUAUACCAAAAUGACCCCUCCUUUUUAUGCCUAGAUCGUUCUUUCAAUGCCUUCCAAAUAACCCAUAUGACCAAAUAUUGGGAAUAUUCUCCCUUGAAUACAUUUUUUUAUUGAUAUGCUAUUUCUUCCACCUCCACAUGGGUUUUGGAACAAAUUACAGAGUAGAAUUUUAAAAUUAAUUUGGAAUGAGCAGUACCCAAGAAGAAUUAGAUACACAAUAUUACAGUAUCAUAAAAAGAGCAGAGGACUGCCUGUAUGUGUCUGUAUGAAAUGUAGAUUUGAAAAGUAUGGACUGACUAUGAAUAGAAAAAGAGCAUAGCACAAUAUUGUUUGAGUUACAGUUACAUUCACCAACAAUUAGAGAAUAAAAUUAUUCAUAGUUACAAGUGAUUAACUCGCAGAUGCUAAAAAAUAUUUCAAGUCCAAUAUGCUCCCUUUAGUAAUAAAAAUCCAUAGGCAAAUAUA